AUGCUGACGAAAUUAGCUCAUUUGAUCCCUCAAGAUGUCCCCGAGCCUACAAGAUCGGUAAAUUCCGGGACGAGACUACUUGAUUGGUAUCAGAACUGUCUGCAAAACCAUCCUGAUUGCCAAUCCAUCUUUGAUGCCACGCAUCGACCCACUAGGCUUCUCGACAUCGGAAAAUCGUACUUGGAGCCAGUUCGCCUUGUCACCUUCUCUACAGAGGACCCGCAGACCUCUAGCCCCAUAUACGCUACAUUAAGCCACUGCUGGGGUGUCUCCCAGCCGCUACGACUGCUCAGCUCAAACCUGUCGCAGUUUCAGGCAGGGAUCGCUCGCGAAAGCCUACCACGCGUUUUCACCGAAGCUAUUGAAGUAUGUUGGCAUUUAGGAAUACAGUACCUGUGGAUCGACUCCCUAUGCAUUCUACAAGAUCUAGUAGAAGACUGGUCGCGAGAAUCGCAACAUAUGGGCAGUAUCUACUCCAGAGCUAUGAUCAACAUCGGCGCGACAGGAUCAAACGGAUGCAACGACAAACUCUUUAGUAGCGCCGAUGAAGCCCCUUCCGUGGGACUGAUAUCCUGGGGAGGAUCCAAUGCUAAAUAUGUAGUCGUGGAGAAUCCCCUCGAGUGGGCCAAGAGCUUCAUGAACCAGCCCUUACUUCAACGGGCGUGGGUGAUGCAGGAGAGAUUCCUGGCAACGCGUAUGGUCCACUUCACAAAGUCACAAGUCGUCUGGGAGUGUAGAACUACCGCCGCAACUGAGACAUAUCCCAUUCGCGUGCCAGACUCGCUCUGGUCUUUCCAUGACAGACGCAAUCGCUUCUGGCGGGAAGAUUUCAUCGAGGACGACAGCGUAUGGUCAGCUCUCGUGGCAGCCUACAGCAGAUGCGAACUCACGUUCGGCAGGGACAAGCUCAUUGCACUCUCUGGUCUUGUUUCAGCGCUCGAGACUACGGGGCUAUCUCGGGGUCGCUACUGGGCAGGCUUGUGGGACGCUGAUCUUCCGUACUGUCUAACCUGGAGACGGGCUGCCAUAGAUCCGAGCAAGUGGUCCUCCGCUCGCCCCGACACCUAUCGAGCUCCGUCGUGGUCCUGGGCAUCGCUGGAC